UGUGUCGUUGUUCUGGGACCCCCCCCAAGUGUCAGUGUGUCGUUGUUCUGGACCCCCAAGUGUCAUGUGUCAUUGCUCUGGACCCCCAAGUGUCAGUGGGUCCUUGUUCUGGGACCCCCCAAGUGUCAGUGGGUCAUUGUUCUGGACCCCAAAGUGUCAGUGGGUCAUUGUUCUGGACCCCAAAGUGUCAGUGGGUCAUUGUUCUGGACCCCCAAGUGUCAGUGGGUCAUUGUUCUGGAUCCCCCAAGUGUCAGUGUAUCAUUGUUAUGGACCCCAAGUGUCAGUGUGUCGUUGUUCUGGACCCCAAGUGUCAGUGUGUCAUUGUUCUGGACCCCAAGUGUCAGUGUAUCAUUGUUAUGGACCCCCAAGUGUCAGUGUGUCAUUGUUCUGGACCCCCAAGUGUCAGUGUAUCAUUGUUAUGGACCCCCAAGUGUCAGUGUCAUUGUUCUGGGACCCUUAAGUGUCAGUGUGUCAUUG